UGUAGCAACCUAAGGUCAAGACCGUAGAGACCAGCUCCCAUCUCCUCUGGUCCCCCUGCAGAAAAAUUCGGCACCGGGUAUGACUGGCAUCCCAGCCAGCUGACGUGCUUCAGACGAGCGGCGUAUGUUAUUUAUGAAGUCAAGGCUGCUGAGAGGGAGGAGCCUUCAAGGAGUUGUUGACUUAGAGUGAGCGAGCCAGCAAAACAGAAGUUGUGAAGUUAGAAGGAGGGACGAACGGGGCGAGCGCGAGCUCCGACGUCUAGGAUUACAGAGCGGGAGUACCUGCUUGCUGAGAAUAGUGGAACUGUGUUUUGCCCUCCCUGCCGCGGGCCCCGGGACAGGCAGAGGACGGGGCACACCGGACGCAGGGGUACAGGGCAAGAUUAUGGGACAGGGAGCGAGUACUCAGACUUUAAACCCGAACCUUGCCUACAUAACAGAUGAUGAAGUGGAUCAUAGUACGCCGGAGAGCGAUGGAGGACCUCCAGGAGCAGGAACCCCUUCGGCAAAGGGCAAGGGCAAGUUCCCCAGCCUGGGCAAGAUCUUCAGACCCUGGAAGUGGAGGAAGAAGAAAAGCAGUGACAAGUUCAAGGAAACGUCAGAAGUGCUGGAGAGGAAGAUGUCGAUGAGGAAGCCCAGAGAGGAGCUGAUAGAGCGAGGGUUACUGAAGGACGUCCCAGAGAAUGAGAGCAAUGACGUGAAUCACAAAGCUCCUCCAGUGAAGAAUGGACACACUGCUCCAGUGCCUGGAGAGCGCAGGCCAGAUGCAGGCUCAGAGGUCAAGGCGCCUUCUUCACGGCCACAGGGAGAAGAACAGAGGAACAGCCUCGCACCUGAACCGGAGCGCCGCAACCGAGCGCCCUCCGACGUUAGUCGCAACCGUCAACCACUGGACGUGGAUGCUCGGACACGGUUACCACCUGAAACAGACCGACGCAGCCGACUGGAGUCGGACAUGGAGAGACGAGCAGGAUCGUUACCUAGGGACAGACAAGGACAGGAGGAGGGACGAUACCGGCGUGAGGAAAGAGACGAGAAAGCAAGCAGGGACAGAGAUCGACGGGAUAGGAAAGACGACAGGGAAGGACGAGGCGAACGUAGAGAUGACAGAGACAGACGAGACAAGAGACCGGAUAAAGAGGACUGGCACGGUAAAGGCGACCGAGAUGAGCGUGAGAAAGAUAGGAGGAAUGAUAGAGAAAAGCGGGAGGAGAAAGACUGGAGAGAAAACAGGGAUAGGAAACAGCCACGAGACAGGAAAGAGGAUCACGAAAGGCGGGAUGAGCCGGAGAGAGUAGACGAGCGAGAACGAAAGGAACAGAACGAAAGAAGGGAAGACAGGGAACGAAGAGAGGAACGGGACAGACGUGAGGAGAGAGACAGAAAAGACGAAAGAGAAAGAAGAGAUGUCAGGAGGCCAGAACCCGUGAAACAAGUGUCUGAUGCGAAACCAGUCAGGCCUCAGUCAGAACAGGACCGGCGGCCCAUUCUUCAGAAGAGCACGUCUGAUAUUGGACAGAAGGUCCGGCCCGUUUCAGAGGCCAUCCAGAGCAGCACACUGCCACGAUACACAGCCGCAGAGGAAGAAUCAAGGGCACGAGCAGGAUCAGUGGGUGUGCGGUUUAUUCCUGAGCCCAAACCUGCACCAAGUACCUCCACUAAAGAGUCCCAGCCACCCCCUAAACAGGCUAUCCUCCCUCCCAAAUGGCUGAUGGCUUCUUCCUCCUCCUCCACUGAGACUGCUCCAGUCCCAUCCUCAUCCUCCUCCUCUGCAUCAUCAUCGUCAUCAACAUCAUCCUCAUCCUCUGCUCCUCCCAUUGCUAAGCCCCCUCCUCGAACUGUGUCUUUAAAUGUAGACGACUCCUUCCGCAUUAAUCCCAUUCCUCCCUUAACAACAACAGACCGUGAAGUCCCGCCCACUGUGCCCGCCCACUCCACUCCGCCCACUGUUCCCGCCCACUCUUCCCCUCCUACUGUUCCUGCUCACUCCACUCCUCCCACUAUCCCCGCCCACUCUACUCCUUCUACUGUUCCUGCUCACUCCACUCCUCCCACCAUCCCCGCCCACUCUCAUCCGCCCACUAUCCCCGCCCACUCCACCCCUCCCUCUAUUCCCGCCCACUCAAACCCUCCACCCCCUACUGCUCCUAAACAGCCACCAGUGCCCCCUCCCAAACCCACCCAUCACAACAGCAACACUGCACUGCAAGCUUCAACAUUACAAAGAAAUUACAAAGCUUCGCCUCCUCAGUACUGGACGAGCUGGAGAUGGCAGGCCGAAUCUGGAGUCUAUCUCUCCCUGCCAACCUACCUCAGCCAAAGGGGCGCUCAGCUCCGCCCAGUGGAUUCCUCUCAAGUCCCGGUCCCAGUUAAGCGAUCUCCUCCCAUUCCCCCAAAGAGGAUGACUCCUGUGACCAAACGCCACUCAGACGACUCUUCGGCCAAUCAGCCUGAGGCUCCGCCCCCCGGCCCAACCUCCGUUCCGGUCCCAGCCCCUGUUUCUGCCCCGCCCCCUGCCCAAUCAGACGACAGCAGAAACUCAAACUCUGAAGCGCUCUCUCCUCCACCAACCCAUAUCCCGCCAUCCCCUCCUCGCGCACACCCGUUCCCUGAGGUCCCCCACGUGGACCCACCCAGCCCCACUACAGAGCCGCCCUCGCAGCCGCCCAUACCUCUGCAUAUACGCAUCCAGAGAGCCUUGAACAGUCCAGGCCCGGUCCAGCCCAACCCGGAAGGAUCCCAGCGAGCUCAUUCGCUUCUGUUUGAAUUGCCACCGGACUUUCUCACUGAAGCCCCAGGAGGGGGGCGAUACUCGCUUCCUGUCACUAUCGAACCUUUGCGACUGCCUGAGGAUGAUGAUUUUGACAUUGAAGAAGAGCUGCAGAAGCUACGGCCCGCCCCUCGGCCCACACGACAGCCCAAUCUGGAGCCACGCAGCCGCCGCGGCCUGGUGGAAGACCCGCGGGUCAGUGUCAUUCCUGAGGACGCGGCACAUGGAAACAGCGAUGACGAGGAAAGCGAUUCUGAUGGAUCCAUCAAGUACAGAGAUGAUGAUGAUGAAGAGGAUGAUGAUGAUGACGAGGAUGUUCCCACAAGUGGUCUUGCGAGCCGCGUGAAGCGUAAGGACACUCUGGCGCUAAAGCUGGAGCGUCAGCAGGAGAAAGAGCAGUCCCAGGACCAGGAGAGCAUCACCUGGAAGAACAAAGAGCAGUGGGAAGCUAUCCGCAACAAGAUCGGCACCACCCUCACAAGGAGGUUGAGUCAGAGACCCACAGCACAAGAGCUUGAGCAGAGAAACAUCCUACUAGCCAAGAAUGAAGCAGACCGACGGGCGGAAAGGAGUGAAAUCAAGCGCAGACUGACCAGAAAGUUGUCACAGAGGCCUACAGUAGCUGAGCUGCAGGCCAGAAAAAUCCUGCGCUUUCAUGAGUAUGUGGAGUGCACUCACGCUCAAGACUACGACCGGCGCGCAGACAAACCCUGGACCAAACUCACACCUGCUGACAAGGCGGCCAUAAGAAAAGAGCUGAACGAGUAUAAGAGCUCAGAAAUGGAAGUUCAUGAGGACAGCAGGAUAUACACCAGGUUUCAUCGGCCAUAAUCUGCAUCUCUGAAGAUGAAGCCCCAGACAGAUAAAAGCUGCAGCUAAAAGCCUCCAUCUCACUCCAGCAUCCUGUUUCCCAUGAUCCUCCAGCCUGUACUGAAGAACGCCCAGGCCAUCCGCUCAGUGCUGGAGUGAAGAGGAGGAGGAAGUGGUGCGGGUGUGUGCGGGAUACUGGUACUUGAUACUUCAGACACUUUUGGGGAGUGGUUUUGGAGGGUCAGCGCUCCGUAGAGUUCCCAUGAUUCCCAAGGCCAGAGUAUUUUUCAGGGAAGAGAGGACACAGGACUGCGUGGACUGGGGUGUUUUAAUUGUCUUUACGGUACACAUGUUUCUGUGAUCGAGAAUAGGCUUGUGUACCCAACAAUAAUACUUUUAUGAAAAUUAUGACACUGGUGAUAAACUGUUUUAGUGGUGAGCGAUUGUGAGAGAGUGUGUGAGUGUAUGUGUGUGUGAUGAUAUAUGCUGUCCACUUAUGCCUUAACACUGGUACAUGACUUUUUUAGCCUGAGCUUUGACUAAUACAGAAGAAAGUCUGUUGACACUGAUGCACAUAACACUGUUUCUCACGCUGAACACACUGACUGAUGUGUGUGGAUCUGAAAGCACAUCUUUGACAUUCUCAGGACGUUGACACAGUCUCACUUUCUUUCCAUGUGCAUUUUACUGUAAUUUACCAUACUUUUACUUUUCUCACAGAUUAAAACUUGCUUUAAUAUUUCUUUUUUUUUUUUUUUUUUACAACAUAGCACUUCACUUUAGAUAAUUCAAGGUGAAUCCCACAAAAACAUGCCAUAUUUCAUCCAAAAAUCAGAAGAAAAUAAGCCCUCUAAACCACUAAGAUUUUUAGCAUUGUGAUAUUUUCAUAAUUUAAGCAUAUUUUCCCCCUAAAUUAUUUGUAUUGUUUUUUUUUUUUCUGCUUUCCUCAAUGUGCAUUCUUGUUACUGUAGUAGAUUUUCUAUCAGAGAAAAUACUAUAAUACUUUUUUCAUAUAAACAUGCAUUAAAAGCAGUAUAAAAAACUGGUUUCACAUAUUACCAUAAAGAUUUUCAUAUUACUGGAAUACGUUUUUAUUUUCUCCACAAUGCCAAAAAUGUUAAUGAUCCUAAAGCUUCACUUUCUUUAAUCAAAACAUUUUUCUUUUCAUUUUGUUGUUUGUUUUUUGUCUUUUCUUUUUUGUUUGGUUGUUUAGGGGGGGGAAUUAUGACCUUGAUAUGUUGUUGACCGGUUUUGUGAGAUUCAGCUGUAAACGAUGGUAGUUCACUGUACAAUGAACAAUUCAAAACAAAAUGGUUGAUGUUACAUCAUGCAUUCAUUGUAAAAAUCUUGGUGCAUUUUUGAGUGAUACAUAAAAAUGAAAACUAUUUCCAUAUCACUGCUGGUUUAAUGGUACACUUUGUUUUGCAGGCCACUAGAUGGCCUGUGCACUGUAUAGAGACAUGCUGUAGAUUGAUUGUAUUGUAUAUCUUGUCUUCCUGACAAACAGAAAUUUGUUUUAAUUGUAAUUAUAGUAUUACACUAUCCUGUUUUUAUAAGGUACAACAGAAUGACUACAGGUUAAGUGAUACAAUGAUCUGGUACAGAACAGCUGUAUAGUUACUUUUUUAUGUAAAGAUGUAUUAAAAGGUCUUUCAAUUAAUACAUGUACAUUCACUAUUGAUUAAAACUAAACUGUGAGCAUC